AUGGAGAAGCCAACCUUCGCCAGUGACAUCCAGUCGGAUGCCAACCUGGGUGACUACGAAGCGCCCCUCAAAGGGGAGAUGGAGCUGAAUGUUGGUGGUCGUGGAGCUACGCAGCGUCGCCUGCGGAAUUACCAGGUCACCAUGAUCGGUUUCUGCAGUGGAAUUGGAACUGGUCUGUUUAUCGGAACUGGCUCUGCCUACGCGAAAGCUGGUCCAGCUGGGUUGCUACUCGCGUAUAUCAUCGUCGGCAUGGUGUUGUGGGCUGUCAUGCAGAGUAUCGCCGAGCUGGCGACUGUCUUCCCUACUGCCGGAUCCUUCCCUCACUGGGCGACUCGUUUCAUCGAUCCAUCCGUCGGUUUCUCGCUCGCCAUUUCCUACGGAUACUGUUAUACUAUCGCAAUCGCCUCGGAAACAUCUGCAGCCGCCGUCAUCGUUUCAUAUUGGACAGACAUAACGCCAGCCAUGAUAAUCAGCAUCAGUUUGGUGUUGAUUUUAGCGAUCAAUCUCAUGAGCGUACGUUUCUAUGGUGAAACCGAGGUUAUUGGUGGUGCCGUCAAGGUUCUUUGCUUCUUGGGCUUGGUGAUCGUGUCUAUUGUCAUCACAGCUGGCGGUGGUCCGAAUGGCGAGACUAUUGGCUUCCGAUUCUGGCACAAUCCCGGCCCGUGGACAGACUACAAUGGUAUCACCGGAUCCGCUGGGCAUUUCCUUGGAUUUUUGUCAUCUUUCGUCAAUGCCUCUUUCAGCUUCAUCGGUGUUGAGUGCGUCGUCAUCACCGCUGCUGAAUCUGUCGACCCUCACCGUGCCAUUCCCAAGGCUGCCCGUCGCGUGACCUACCGCAUUGCCUUCUUCUAUGUCCUCGGCGCUCUGCUCAUCGGCAUCAUUGUCAGCCCCAAUGCCCCGGGUCUCACCUCUGGCUCUGAUAACGCCAACAGCUCGCCUUUCGUCAUUGCCAUCAAGGAAGCAGGCAUCAGCGCCUUGCCGUCCAUUGUGAACGCCUGUAUUCUCAUCGCCGCUUGGUCUGCCGGUAACUCAUACUGCUGGGUUGGAUCGCGCAUGAUCCUUGCCAUGACAACCGACCACCAGCUUCCUCAGUUCUUCGGCCGCUGCACCAAGAAAGGUGUUCCGUAUGUUGCCGUUAUCACCGCCUGGCUGUUUGGACCUCUGGCCUAUCUGAGUCUUGGAACUGGUGGUGCCGCACAGGCAUUCACGUGGCUGCUCAAUUUGAGUACCGUUGCUGGCUUGAUUGCAUGGGCCUGUCUUUGCUUAUGCUAUAUCCGUUUCCAUGCUGCGAUGAAGGCACAGGGUGUUUCCCGAGACACUCUCCCUUGGAAGGCACCACUCCAGCCCUAUGCCGCCUGGUUCGGGUUCAUUGGAUCUACCAUCAUCACUCUAGUUGCCGGUUUCCCUGUCUUCCUCAAGGGCAACUGGAACACAUCGAACUUUGUCGCAUCAUACAUUGGCAUUCCAAUUUUCAUUGUUCCGAUUUUGGUUUGGAAGCUCUGGCACAAAACCAAGUUCCAACGUGCCGCUACCAUCGACCUCUGGUCCGGCCGUCUCCAGGAUGGCGAAAUCAUGCCGCACAAGAACCCACGCAACACCAUGUGGGGGCGCUUUAUCGACUGGCUCGUAUAG